CCUGAAGAACUGAAGGUUUUUACGCAUGUGCAUAAUAAUGUGAUUUCCUCGAGAGAGUGGGAGACACUAAAAAUCCGUUACUGAAAUUGAGGUUAUGUCACAUCAAAACACAUUUUCAGUACUGAGGUCUUUGAACUAUAAAAUUUCAAAAUUUGGAGGGAAGGAAUUAUUUUUCGAGGGAAACAGCAGUUUAUGGGUAGGGGUUGUUGCUUGUUGGAACUUGGAAGCUGGAAGUGAACACCUGUCCCUCUGCUAAUACUCUUUCGUGAUCAGUGUCAGUUCUUUGUGCAUUUUAUAAAUUAGAACUUUUACUUUACCCUUUUAGUACUGUAAUUCAUUUUUUUAGGUACCAAAUCAAAAAAUAAUUCAUCAUGCCGGGAGAGUCUAAAUCAUUACUUUACAUCAAGAAAUUGACUGAAAACGCAUUUACACCUAUGAAAGGAUCUGCUAGAGCUGCAGGAUUUGAUCUAAUGAGUGCUUAUGACUGCAUCGUCCCAGCACAAGGAAAAGAACUAGUGAAGACUGAUUUGCAAAUCAAUCUCCCCGAAGGAUGCUAUGGUCGUAUUGCCCCUCGUUCUGGCCUUUCUUGGAAAAACCACUUGGAUGUUGGAGCUGGUGUGAUUGAUGCCGACUAUCGUGGUAAUGUUGGUGUCGUCCUUUUCAACCAUUCGCAAGAACCAUUCACCAUAAAGCGAGGUGACAGGAUAGCGCAGUUGAUUUGCGAGAAGAUAUUCUAUCCCGAAAUCGUCGAAGUUGAGGAAAUGGAUGCAACAGAAAGAGGAGAAGGAGGAUUUGGUUCCACUGGUGUAAAAACAGUUACUAAGUCACCAACCAAGUGUGCAAGCUAAUCUAUUCACUAUCUUCUUCUCAGGUCUCAGCAGUCAGACCCGUCUUCCAUUGUGUAAUCAUUUUUCUUUGUUGAACAAUUUCAGCAGUCCGAUCUAUAUUUAUUUUUGUAAUCCAUUUUUCUUUGUCAUUAAUUAUUGUAUAAUUCGUCACUACUUGUUAAUUUUGUGAAUAAUUAGAAGAAUGCAUUCGAUAGAGUAUUCUGAACAUCCUACGCUUUGUAUUAUGUAGUUAUUUAUUACGGAUAUUUUUUGUCAGUAAACUUAUUUUUCAAUAGAGUUA